UAGAGCUCAUUCGUUAUGGAAGUGCACAGUAUUGGUCAGAGCGACUGGCAUGUUGAGGUGGGCCUGCUAAGGAAAGAGGUGGGCCUGCUAAAGCAAUGGGCCUGUAUGGAGGAGACGAGACGGAUAGAGAGACAGAAGAUGGAGAUGUAUGGACAGAAGGUGUUGCAGGAGGUGGAGAGGGACAGACUUGAGAGGAUGAAGAGGGAGGAGAAGAAGGAGCUUGCAAAAAUAAAUCAGAUGAAGGAUGAAGAGUUGCUGUUAAUGGAAAUUAGAAUGAGGGAAAGGGAGAGAGAGAUGGAGGAGGAAAGUAGGAGGUUCAAGGAGAAAUCUGAGAGGCAGAAGGUAGAGAAACAGAUGGAGCUCCAGAAGAAGAGACAGGAAGAGAGAGAUGAGUGGGAGAUAUCUAAAAAGAAGAGAAUGGAGGAAUGGAAAGAGUUUUACAGGAAGGAAGAAGACUACCGAAAGGAAGAGGAAUGGAUGAAAGCAGAAAGGAAGGCAAAGAGAAAGGUGGAAGAAGGAAAGAGAAAGAUGGGAGAAGAACAACAGAUGCUGAAAAAGCAAGCCAGGCUAACGGAGACACUGAGUGAUGGAAAGAGAAGAGACCUGGAAGAGAGAAAGGAAGAUGAAAAUAAUAUGGGAGAAAAGUGUGUGAAGGAAGCAAGGGAAAGAGACAGGAGAGAGCUCCUGAAAGAAAAGAGGCGGAGACAGAUUGCAGAAGAAAAUUUGACACACAUGGAGAAACAAAUGAUGGAGAGGGAGGGGGAGAGAGAACGAGAAGAGGAAAGAAAGCAUGAGGAGGAAAUGAAAAUGAAGAAACUGGAAGAGGACCUAAUGAAAGAAAAGAAGCAGAGACAGAUUGCAGAAGAAAAUAUGACACACAUGGAGAAAAAAAUUAGAGAGCUGGAGGAGAGGGAGGAGGACAGGAAGAGAGAAUUUGAGAGUCAGAUUAGACAAGAUAUGAGAAUAAGAGAAGAGGAAAGAAAGCAUGAGGAGAAAAUGAAAAUGAGGAAACUGGACGACAUGAAGAAUGAAAUGUUAGGAAAAAUUAGAGAGUUGGAGGAGAGGAUGAUAAAGAUGGAAAGACAGCAUGCAGAGAAGACCACAAUGGAGGAGGAGAAAGAGGAAAGAAAGAGGGUGGAAGACACAGUGAGGAUGGAAGAGAUAAAAAAGACAACCUUGGAUGUUUGGAAAUUUCACUUUGGAAGUCAUGAAUGUCCGAAGACUGACGAUAGCAAAAAUGAGGAAACACCAGACUGUGAAAACAGUGCAGAUGAGAAGAAAGACAACAGUGUAGGUGUACGGCAAGAUAGUGACACAUCUGUGAUCGAGGAAAUCAACCCAAAACACGAAGAGAGGGAUGGCGACCAGAAUGAUGACCCCAAGAGUGAUGGGAAGAAAUACAGAAAAGACAGACAAAGAGAAAAAUGA